AUGAAACCUGUGCGAGUCAAUGUGAUAUCGGUUCUGAAAGCAUGUGGAAACCAUGUCGGAAAUUUGUCACAACUCACAAGAAUCAGCCCUUCUCCAACUUCACCUUCACCCACCCAACCACAAUCCCAAGUAUCCGGAACCCGAAUACUGCCAAGCAGCAGCAGCAGCAACCCAUGCCUCGACCUCUAUUUCCACCGUCCCAUGGGAUCAGGCAUCCACUCCAACUUGGAAUUCCAUGAGACUUUGACGAAGCAGCUGCUGCCGCUGGCUUGGUCCCACAAUCCCCUCACCACCCUCAAGCUCAUUUGCAACCUCCUAGACAGGUGGAAGGAUGGUUCAAAAUCCGAUAACGAGGCCUUCUACGCGGCAGCGUUUUGGCUGCACCACAACCAUCCUAAGACCCUUGCAUGCAACCUCCUUCCUAUUGCCAGCGCCUUCGGCCAUAUUCUCGACGUUCUCGACAUUCUGUCUCGGGUUCUUCUACAAGGCAAUGGCCAGCAGCAGGUUGAUCAAUACUCUAUGACUUGGACCAGGAAGGAGAAGAACCAAAACUUUCAGUCCCAACAGUUCCGGUUAACACAAAAUGCAAGGGAGAAAAAUAGGACAACUUGUUCUCUUCCUCCUAGUCCUAGACAGAGUCUGCAAAUCAAGGCGGAAAAAGCCAAGGAGAAAGCGAGCGCGUUGUUGAAGAGAAGGAAGACGGCUGCCGUGGCCAACAAGGCUGUUGAGAGGUACCACGGCGACUCGGAUUACCGGUAUUUGCACGACCGGGUUUCUGAUCUUAUGGCCGAGUGCUUGAAGCAUGAUAUCCAAGAAUUCAACCAGCAUCAGCAGCAGCGUCACAUUGAAUCUGCUUCAAAACGACCGGUCGCCGCUGCCUCCAUCACUUGCAACCUUAAUGUGAGCCAAAUUUCCAACAGUGAGCAAGAGCAUAACCAAAAUAAAAAGAAGAUGAAGACGUUGGAGUUGAACAUAACCGGUGUGGCUGAUUACUUCCGUUUCAUGUCGCCCCACAUGGAUCAACUGCUGUAUGAAACUGUGGCGAUGAAGGUUUUCACGCUAGGAGAAUCAGAAUUUUCGAACCCAAUGUCUGUGCAGCGGCGGCUGCGGAAGGAGGUUUUGGUGCCCUUGAGACGAGCCUUGGCACCAGCCAACCAAGAAGGUGCCACUGCCAACAAGUGGGGUUAUGAUCAACGCCUGGUGUACGGCCGAGAGCCGGAUACCCCUGUCUCUGUGGUUCACAAGUAUAUGGUGGCGCUGAGAACAACCAUUACUGCAGCCGAGUCAAAGUCCGAGUCCGUGUCCGAGAGCAUGAUUGAGGCCGGUGCUGUGCUUCCACACCGGAUCGUACGCUACGCCGUGGAGUAUAAUGGUCUUUACAAGAGCAGCUGA